CUCCACUCGCUCACUCUCACUGACAUCACUGGAGUUUCCCCCUAGAGGCCCUUUAAAUGCAGAAGCAACCUAACUCAGAGCAUCAUUCACUCAAUCUAACCAACAGAAGCAAACAACUACCUUCACAACAAAGUAAGUCUCUAACACAACUUGAAGACCAAUACCAAACAGAAGUAUUGAAGCUGACAUUUGAACUUGAGGACUUUCUUCAGUUAUUGCUUGCUGCACUUACAAGAACCAGAAGACCCCUAGGGAAACUAUACAAUGGGUAGUGAUUAUAAAGUACUGUUGGAUGUUGAGGAAGGCCUCAUGGCUCCGGUUGGGGUGACAGUGGAACGGGAGACAUCCACACACAAUGGCCGGUGGAAGAUGUGGGGAGCCUUGCUGGCUAUGGCUCUCUGUGUCUCCGCUGCCCUCCUCUUCACCUGGAAUCACAAGAACGAAGUUCAUAUAGAGCAAGCAGACGAUCUUCGCCACACAUUAAGACAAAUAUCCGGAGUCAAGAAUGCCAUUCAUUUGGAAGGUUACUACGAUGCUUCAUACUCCAACACCACAGUGCAAUGGAGUGAUGACGUGAGCCAAGCCUUCUCUCAGGGUAAUCUCAAGCUCGUCAACAACGAGAUUGUUAUCCCAAGCACAGGGUUGUACUUUGUCUACAGUCAAGUGUCCUUCAAGAUCCACUGCCAGGCCGAAAAGAUGGUCCACCUGAGCCACAGCAUCAACAAGCUCUCCGACUCUUACGGAAACAGCGACGACGACGAUGAGAAACGUUACCUGCCUCUGCUCCAUUCCACGCGCACCGUCUGUGGAAGCAGCCAGGGGAACUCUUAUACUGUGGUGUAUAUGGGAGCUGUGUUCCAUAUGAAGGAUGGAGACAGGUUGAAGACUGUUACCGAGAGCCGGCACGUGCCACACCUGCAGGAAAAAUCUGGGGAGAACUUCUUUGGUGUGUUUGCGCUGUGAAAGAAACAAAGUAACAGAAAACAGAGAGAGAGAGAGAGAGAGAGAGAGAGAGAGAACAAGAAGGAACAAGGCAGAUAAAUACAGGUCAUAGAAAUUUAGAAAAGUUAAAUAUGUCUACUGAAUGUUAUUAGGGGCACUGAAUCAAGAAGUUGAGGCAGUUUUAUGCCAUACUUGAAACAGAACAAGAAGAAUAACCAAUGUAAACUGUAACAGUUUUCCAAUGGGAACUCCUGGAAGGAAUGUAUUUCCAAAUGGAUCUUUGGAGCUACAUUUAAAUGAUGUAAAAGUACUAUGUACUGAUAUAUUACUUCUAGUACCUUUUUCUGUACUACAAUCCACAGCAUGGACACAAACUGCUAAAUCUCUGCUGUGAUAGCUUUCUUAUCUCGAUUCUGACAGAUGAAUGUAUUCCACAAUUUUGAAUGUGUCACUACAAUAUGACAACAUUGGGUUCCUUCAGAAACUACAGUUUAUUUUUGUAAAUUGAUCAUUAUUAAUCUAAUAUUGAAAGAAAUUGUGUAUUUAAUGUUAUAGGACGGUAACAGUCUCCUUUUAUUUAUUGAAAUCUUAUAUUUAUGUUCUAUUUAAGUUUUUUAACGUUUGUAUCUGUGUUAUUAAUUGGAAAUAUUUAUUUAUGGUUAUGCAUGCUAAUAUUAAUGUAUUACUAUUAUUUAUUUGACUAUUUAAUAACAUGUUGUAAAUCUGUG